CACAGUGGGUUCACGAAUUCGAAUUACACCCAAUUGACUGAGCUAUACUCAAAAUACAAGGAUAAAGGUUUCGAGAUAUUGGCCUUCCCUUGCAACCAGUUCUUGUAUCAAGAGCCCGGAACAAGUGAAGAUGCAGAACAGUUUGCUUGCACGAGAUUCAAGGCCGAGUAUCCCAUUUUCCAGAAGGUAACUCGAUUUCAUUUGGUUGCAUUUGCCUUGUCUUUGUGGUUCAAGUGUUUUGGGAAGGUCUUGAUUGAUGAUCAUGGACAAAUGUAGGAUACUACUUUGUCAAAAUUGGAAAAUUCAGAAUAAAAAACAUGAAAUUUGAAGAAUCGUUUUUGUGAUCGAUCGAUGUUCAUGAUGAUUUUCUUGUUAGUUUAUAGCUCGUUGAGUGUAGUGCCAGAAAGUGAAUAUCUUUCAUUGAUCCGAAGAUUCAAAUCUGAAACUAAAAGAAUGUAUCAACUUUUCAAUGGAUUAGUAGUUCCUUAUGUUCAUCAUAAUAGUGGUUUAUACGAACGUUAGUAGUUCUUAAGGGUUCGACCUGAUAAAUUAUCGACUGUGUUUUCUUUUUUUGUAUCCAAGUUGUUACCAACAUAAGCCUAAUGGCUAAUCAAUCAAAAAAUAAAUUGACUUUUUUUCGGUCUUCGUUUUGGAAAAUAUGAUGUCGUCUGUCGUAAUCCUAUUCGAAAUAGUCCAAAAAAUAUCAUAUACUUCUGCAUCUUGCUUGACACUGAGCUGUUAUCUUAUCUCACAUAGGCUGAUGACACUGAGAGUCAGUGAAAACGUGUAUUCACGUCUUGCUAUACUUAUUAAACAUGUAACUUAUUCUAGGAGAAUGUUACAUGACACUUCUUUUCAAGCUGGCCAUCACUCUAUAAAU